AUGGGGGACCCCAAGCCAGGAACGGCCGCCCACGCGAAGAAGAAGGCGCGCAACGCCGCCUACAACGCCCGCAAACGCGCGGAGAAGAAGGCCGCCGCCCUCGAGGCGGUGGUCGAGCCUUACACGAGGAAGAUCGCGCGGCUGGAACACAGGGUGGACUUGGUGCGCGACCACAGGCAAGACUUCUGGGAGCAGCUGCAGAAGACGAAGAGCGGAGAAGGAGCGCGACGACGCACGUGCAACGGCGACGAGGUGUCGGCGGUGAAGGGCACCAUUUUGGCGGGUACGCCCACGAGCCUAUGGAUGAACAAGCUCGACGCCUUCGUGAUGUGGUGCUUCGACUACAGCCUUGGCACGCUCAAGGGCGAGGUUGGCGUUGACGCCCACGCAACUGUGGAGCGCUGGAUUCAGACGUUUGAAGAGGGCGUCGAGGAGCACAUGGCCAGGAAGAUGGACUCUGCGAGCAUUUUCGCAGACCUGCUCGGCGGCGGCCCGCGCAAGCGCCCCGCUGCUGCGAAAGCUGCGCCGAAGCGUCGGGCCAAGCGCUCGGCGAAGAGUCGUCCAGCCCAGGCGGGCGUCAAGAAGCGGCCUGUCAUGAAGCGCCCCGCGCGGUCCAGGCUCCCUGCUGCCCGAACCAGGAAGGUCAUCCUGCAGGUGGACGAGUCCUUCCUGAACAAGGGCAAGCUGUCCAAGCUGGCGAAGAACGCAAGGCCGAAGAAAGACAAGCUAUGGCUUUGGGGCGCCGUCGUGCAGGGUUCGCCGCACCUGUUCUUCUUCAAAGUAUUGAAGUCUGUCGAGGGUGCUUACGACGGCAAGCCCAGGGGCAAGCAGGAGCUGUUGGAGAACUUCAAGGAGCUGUCGCCUCCCGCUGGCGUCGUCAUCGUCUCGGACAAGUGGAGGGGGACCAUCGCGGCUGUGAAGCAGUACCGCAAUGACGCUGGCCUCACCGAGCGGAUGCUCCCGCACGAGGUAGUGAACCACAGCGCUGGCGAGAUCACGAACGAAAGAGGGUUCACUACCAACCACGUAGAGCUCCAAUGGCCAUUGGUCAAGCGGUGGAUCAGGAAGCGCUACGGCGGGACGUUGCCCAAGAAGGCCGACAGGAAGAAGUGGUCGAGGCUCCUUGCCGAGCACAAGUUCCGCACCCACAUCAAGGCCAGUGGGCAGAAGGUGAGUUUCGCGGCGCUGGCAGCUGCGUUCCAGGCGUGGUGA